UGACUGCUCACUGAGUAAUGCAUUCAUUGAUUGAUUCAUUGAGUGAAUGGAUAGUCGGAUGAGAUUCUCGUGAAUCCCAUGUCUUCGCGACUCUCAUGAGUUAAACCCAAUUGUGUUGAAUGUGCGGUCAAUUGGCGGCCAAAUAAUGUCUCAUUUGAUUGAUUAUCAUAUCCCGGAAGCCAUUCGUAUAGAAGUACUCAAAGCCGAGCAGAGCAGUGGUGGAGGCGCUGGAUGUGGUGGAAGUGGUGGCUCACGGGUGCAGAGGUUUCGCGUGAACCCAUCGAUGACAGCGUUACCGGCGUUGCACUCAUUGGUGGUGCGGGCCUUCAAUCUGAACGGCGACUUUGCGUUGAGUUAUCUGCGGAGAGACUCAUACGAGUGGUGCGCCAUCGGGUCGGACAGGGAUCUGGAGGACGCCUAUGGGCACAGUUCGCAGCCGUCGCUGCAGAUACGCCUUCAGGUGGACGACCACACGGACCACAAGAGUCACUCACUGGCCGAUUGGGAUAUCAUCACCAACUCGGAUGUGGUGCGCAGCCAAUGCACGUCCAUCGCUGUGUCGCUUAUAAACCAGGUCGAGAAAUUGAUGACCAGAGCGUCGGACAGCGCUAAACCGAAACCGACGACCGAUUCGGCGGCCGUUCCCCUCAACGACAAUGAGUUCCGCAAGUGUUUGGACGCCGAGGGCCGCGUCAAGUGUGGCCGCGAGCUGCGGAUCGGUGUCUACCGGCGCGGCGUUGAGCCCAGUCUCCGAAAAGUCGUGUGGAAGCAUCUGCUGAAUGUCUAUCCGCACGGACUGACUGCCCAACAGAGGAUUGAUUUCAUGAAACUGAAGUGCGAAACCUAUUGCCAAAUGCGGAACUUAUGGCAAUCCAACCAA